GAGGUGAGGUUGGCGUCCGUCGGCGCGAGAUCACCGGCUGGUCGCGGACGUUUGGUCAUCGAUGCCCUCUUGGCUGAUCUCGUCCGAAGCAUCCCCGCCCCUUGCUCCCUCGAGAACGAGUUGCGAACAUGGACCCGAUUUCGCACGAAUUCGACGUCAUCAUCCUCGGCACUGGGCUGGUUCAGUCGAUGCUGGCGGGUGCGAUUGGCCGCGCUGGAAGAAGCGUUCUUCAUAUCGACAGCAACCCAUUUUACGGCGAGGGCCAUGCCUCCCUCAAUCUCAAAGAAUUCAUUGAGCACUUAUCUGCCCAGACAUCCAAAGAAGGCACACCUUAUUGCAACCUCGAGGCCUAUGUGCACAUAGAGCCCCAGCCUCAGGCGGAAGAGUUUGAAUCCAGGCUAUUGGUCGGGGCGCUUGACUCACAGCAAUCGAUCAACGGUUCGGCGCCUAUUUCCUUUCAGUCUCUCUUUGACCCUGGCCAUGAGGCCCUUCGAGUAGCCCUCGACAACGUGAAGUCCGCUGGACCAUUGGUCGAGGACAGAACCGACAGCGAGAACUGCAUCGCCGCCCUACUCGAUGUCCUCAGCAACCACCGGAGAUUCAACAUCGAACUGUCGCCAAAAGCCAUUCUCAGCAGUGGACCCGUUGUCGAGUUACUGAUUUCAUCAGGUGUCGGCCGGUACUUGGAAUUCAAGGCUCUCGAAGAAGUCUACAUCUUCGAUGGUGUAUUGGAACAGAUGCCUGGAGCAAAAGAGGAUAUUUUUUCGAACGACAAGGUUAGUCUUCUCGACAAGCGACGCCUCAUGAAGUUCUUGACCAUGGCGCUGAACUACGAGAGUGGCCUUGACGGCUUGACAGAGAUCGAAGAUACGCUGCUGGCCGAUUACCUCGAAAGCCAAAAGUUCAAUGAGAAGCUCAAGUCUAUCCUGUAUGUCCUUGCUGGGGUUCAUAAUACCGACCAGAUCGACACGGUCUCCACCGGGGCCGCUCUUCGUCAGAUUCAGCUGUAUCUACGUUCAGUCGGUCGAUUCGGAAAGACACCUUUCCUCAGUUGUCUCUAUGGUGCAGGAUCCGAACUCUGCCAGGCAUUUUGCAGGCUCUCGGCUGUCUACGGAGGAAUAUACAUGCUACAGCAACAGGUGGAACGAGUCGAGUUCGCGAAGACGACUGAGAGGGUGUCAGUGGCCAUCAACGGCUCAACAUAUAACUCGUCCAGCUUGAUUGCUUCUCCAGAGUAUCUGCAAGCAUCCGACACUCGACAACCCGAGCUCUACUCAAGAGCAGUGGUUAUUGUGAAGCAUUCCAUUCGGCCACCGCAGUCCCUUCUCUCGAUUGCAUUUCCGCGCAACAGCAUUGGAAACGCCAACAGUAUAUCAGUAAUCCAGCAAAGCUUCGAUACCGGUGCCGCCCCACAGCCAUACUACGUUGUAUACCUUAUCACAAAAGCGACCGGAACUGCCACUCAAGACCUCGAAAACUGCGUGACGACCCUAUUGCAAGCGUCUCCAGCUUUGGCAGAUUCCGAGGGCCAUUUGCCUCCAUCAGCGACCCCACUGCUGUCACUGUAUUUCCAGGAGUACGUGUAUCCCGGCUUCGAAAGCUGGGUAGAUGAUCGAGUCGUCGUGGUUGGCAACCAUUUUGAUCAUUUCAGCUUAGAAAGUGCUCCAGAGAACGCUGCUUCAAUCUUCCAGAAGCUCUAUCCCGACGAGUCGUUCCUGCCACCCCUCCCAAAUCCGGAGGAUGAAUCGGACUGACGAAAUGAAUAUCAAAAAGUUUCGAGACGCAGCGUUUUAUCGGCAUCUGCACAAAACAUGAGGUUGGUUCAAUAUAUGUUCCCGAGUCUCCGGAAGCCACAUCACUUUUUG